CCCAGUGUUCUUAGGCUGUCAUUGAAAAUAAGAAUUUGUUCUUAACUGACUUGCCUAGUUAAAUGAAGAUCAAAUAAAACUCUGUGGUGUGAGUGGCUUGUGUGAUAUGUACUGUAAUAUGUACAAUCAUAGCUCUUUGCUAAUAAUACUCUGCUGCUGUACAGUAUGCAUUCAUGUUUCAGGGUUCUGGUCACAUGACUGAGUGCAUUCCUUUUCCUGUUUCUGUAUUUAUUCCCAUGAGGGACAGGAAAUUAUGUCACAUUAGCCUCCUCCAAGAACUUUCCGUCCGUCCGCGUCAUGCUUCCUCUCCGAGAGCCUGUUAUUCGGAGGAGCGUUUGGGAAUGAUUCUCAUAGAGGAUAUAACCCGUCAUGGAUAUAACCCGUUUAAACAUGGACUUUGUUAUUGGGCAUUGCCAUCAUCCACCAUUUUCAAGUAGUCAACUGGAUGGGGAUUCCUAUGGGUUAAUGGCAAAGAUAUGAUUAUUCCUUGUCCAACUUCCUGUAGCCCAGAUAGAGGUGUGUGUGUGUGCGCGCCUGUUAACAUGGACGAUUGCCUGGUGGAUAUUUGAUUUCCAGACAGUCCGAGGCCAACACUGGUUAUCUGCUCCUUUUUAUCAUACACUGGGCCUGUUCAGCACACACUGGGCCUGUUUAGCACACACUGGGCCUGAAAAUCAUCCACAUUUGUGAAUGAAAUAGGAUUUCCAAAAUGUUUGAUGGCACGUGGGGCACAUUGAUGUUAUUUUACAGAAAUAAAUGUCACACUAGACCAGAGCAUUGUAUGACAUCAAAUUAGGUUAUUAAGGCAAGAGGAUGAGAAAUAUGGGAAACUGUCAGUGUGCCAUCUGAAUAAAGGUUCUUUGUGCCACAAUUUCCUUCUGACUCUACCAAUGGGAAUAUAUAUAUUGCCUUUUUGCAUGUGUCAUGUCACAUAAGUCACGACGAGACCGCUAACUGAAGAGAGAGAAGGCAGGACGAGGUUAGUUGAAGUUUAUUGGCAAUAAAAAAACUUCACUGCCAGCCUGCCUAGUCUCCUUCAAAUCCUGGAGUCAUAAGAGAGUGAGAUGGAGAGAAGAUCAAGCGUUGAGGAUUGUUUUAUGGCAAUAUGGCUUCAAGAUUUAGAACACAUACAUAAUGUCACAGUCUCUCUUCCUCUUUCACUCCCCCUACCCUUUCUCUCUCUCUCUCUCUCUCACUCUCUCUCUCUCUCUGAGUCGCUCUCACACUAACACGUCUUUGCAGAGUAUUUUUUUUUCCAUUCUCUCACACGGCAGACGGGGAGCACAAAGACUCGGGAAUGUUCCUCUGGAUGACGCCAGCGGAAUACUAAAGAGAAGGAGCAAGACAGGACCAGAAAAUGAACUGGAGGACGUCUACGGAGAUUGGCUGAUGCCUUGUGGAGGCGGAGCCCGUUCCACCAGGCUGCCUCGGCCCAUAUGCUGGAGCAGCAGCUGGACUGUGUGUUUGGCCAGUAUGCGGUGCGGUGUAUCCUGGACCAGGAUGUGUUGCUCCAGGAGGAUGUGGAGCUGAUCGAGCUGUUAGACCCCAGCCUGCUCACCCUGGGCGCCUCGCCUUCCGGCUCACCCAGACGAGACAACUCCCUGCCCUGCCCGCGCCUCCUCGCCUCACCCUCGCAGUGGGACGUAGCAGUGCUGGUGGGCCUGGCUGCAGUGUUACUAGGCCUGUCCUCUCUCUCUGCCGGGGCCUGGUCUCUGGCUGUGAUCCCGUGGUGUGCUGCAGUCAUGUGCUGGGUGGGUCUGCGAGGGGCGGGGCUGUUGAGACAGGGGAGGAUGCAGAGAGCAGCACACACCCAGGCCUCCGAGCUGCAGACCAUGGCGCUGAACAGUAAGGCUCUGACCAGCCUGGCCCGCAAGUCCCUGAGACUACUACAGGAGACAGAGGUCAUCUCUCGAGGGUUCACCCUUCUGCUCGACAGGGUGAGUGCGGCCAGCUCCUUUAGUAGGGCGGGGCUGGGGCCACGGGGGCAGCAGCUGAUUGGCCUGCGGAAGGCGGUGUACCGGGCGCUCCGCUCGGCCUUCAGAGCCUCCCGCCGAGCCACCUGCCACAUGCUCAAAGCGUACCCCCUGAACUCUGAGAUCGACAAUGUGACCAACUACGUGUCUGCGGUGCCUCUGAAGGAGCUGGGGAUGGGCCUGGGGACAGAGCACCUGACUGACGAGGAGGCACAGGAGCUCACCGAUGACUACAGCCUCCCUGCCCUCAAGGUGCUGUUCCAGUUGUGGGUGGGGCAGAGCUCAGAAUGUUUCCGCCGAUUGGCCCUGCUGCUGUCACCACGACGACUGGAGGAGCCCAGGGAAGAUUGGGUCAAAGGUGGAACCCCUCCUCUGCCCAUACACCGCUCUGUUGCCACGGUGACACAGCCUCUCCACGGUGCCCUGGCCGGUUGCCUGGGCGACAUGCAGCGUAGCUACGAGUUCCACCGGUACUUUGAGACGCAGCGCCGGACGCAGGGCUCGGACAGGGUGGGGCGCGCUCAGCAGAAAUGCAGAGAGCUCAACACACUGCACACGUCUGUACGCAGCCUGCAGCUGCAUCUCAGGGCCCUGCUCAACGAGAUGAUUAUCCUGGAGGAUGACCUGGAGAAGCUGAUGGUGACGAAGGAGGCGAUGGAGGUGACUGUGGAGGGCUACCAGGACCUCCAGGAGCGUCUCGGCCGCCUGCAGCCCCACAUGCAGGCCAGCGCCGGAUGCUGGGAGGACACUGUGGGCCAAGUGGAGCGCAUGCUGAGGAGAGCUAACACCUGCCCAGGAACUCCUGAUGGUCCAAAGCAGUGUCUCCCUCCUGUGCCAUGCACCCCUGCCCCAACCUACACCCUCAUCCUGGACAGGGACCCUGUGCCUGAGGAGCAGGAGCUGGAAGCGUACGUGUCGGACUCUGAGGAUGAGAAUGGGUGGGCGGGGUCGGUGGUUGACAUGCUGUCUCCCGAGGAACGAGAGCGCCACCGGCGGGAGAGGGAGGAGUCUCGGCGCGUCCUAUCGGAGCUCAAAGCUGUGCUGGGCCAGCGGGCAUCCGAGGGCGAGAGGAGGAAGUGGAAACAGCUGCUCUUCAACGACCAAGCGGCGGUGAUGCCUAUAGUUUCCGCGGAAACUUCUAUAGCAUCUCAGACACCCUCCGACUCAUUGGACAUUCUGACACUUGUGGGCGUGGCCAAACCAGGUGUUGUUGAGGGAAACAACCUAUCGGAAAGGCUGUACGACGAGGAGGAGGAAGACUGGGUCGGGGACGAGCGCCCCCUCACAGAGGCAGAGGAAAAAGCACUUACAGAGUUCUGCUGUGAUGAGGCGGAGGUAAAGGGGGAGGAGGGUGAAGGUUCAGUCCCGGGCGGGGCGCAACUCUACCAAUAUGACGGGCUGCCGGACCAGGGGGCAGGACUAAACGGGCCUGACCUUCUAUUGCAGCCCCGGAUCCCCGCCAUCACGGUGAUGGACAGGCUGACGGAACUACACGGCUCGGCGGCGCUCAGCUUUAAUUCCGCCCUCGCCGCCCAGGUGGCGGCACGUUCGCACACUUUCGCCAACAUGGAGGAGCAGACAUUUGGAGACAGCGGAGAAGAGGAUGAGGGAGAGAAGCGUUCGCUGCCUGAUGGGCAGACAUGUGAGAAGAACUAGAGUCUAAACCCUCCUGCUUUACGGAGCUUUGAACAGAACAGUUAUGGACAGACAGCCAGGGUUCCUGUAUUUAUGUCUGAACCCACUCCUGGGUUAUUUACUGCGGCUGUCCGUUUCCUUGGAUCCAUGGCUCUCUGUCAUGUCUUCAUCUGUGUGUGCAUGAUUGGGUGAGAGAGCAUUGUGUGUGUGUAUGUGACGUCUGAGUGAGUUUUAAGAAGAGCACUACACUACACCACUUUCUGUUACACUCCUCCAUCCAUGUGUCCAUACUUUACCCACAAUCCCCCUCUGGCCGCUCUCCUGUGCUACUCAGGUACCAGAACCACAAGACAAACUCUGACCUCACCGUCACAAGGUCUUCAGUUUAACCCUAAGGAUCCCCUGUAGCUAUUGGAGGCAGAGAGACUUGGUUAUAGCAUCAAUUACAUUGUCUCUAACUAUUGACCAGUACCUUUCCGUGGUAUGUCAACAUUGUCUAAUAGUUUAGCAUAUUGAUGUCUGAGUCAAAAAGCCUAAUUAGCUAAAUGAUUAUUAUACAUUUUACUACAUCACUCACUAUAUGACUCCUGUAUUGACAGGCAGAGUCUGAUGCGUGGUUGCUCUAUUGAACGUGCGCACGGCUGCCCAGGGAAGAAUGCUCAGGUACUGAAUCACUGACCGAGGGCUGAAUGUAAGAUGUUACUAUACACACACCACACUGUAAAAGGGGAAGGAGAGGUACAUUUCAAAGACAGCAGAGCAAUGCUAUUUUAUUGACCAUUGUUUUAUUUCUGGUCUGCCUCUGAGUCUGCACUUCUACACACUCCCCGCCUCACUAGGAAUGGCCCUAUAACUGCAAAGAUGUGUUGGCUAAAACAUCUGUCACUCAACCCACAGCAACCAAUGAGCAGACGGAGACGUCGGAGAGAAGGGUGGACAUAGUUGACCUGGUAAAAUGGACUAGCCUACCAGAUUUGGAAAUAUUUUUACAUAUUGUGUGUUUUUAUUUGAGAGAUGAAUAUGGUCAGGCAGUGGAUUGCUGUGAAAUGAAAUUCAUCCCCAUCCACUAAUGAACCAAGCACAUUCACAGUGCUUAUUUCCCCAAUGGUCUUGUCAAGUGCUCAUCUAAUGCAGGAUACAGGAUCAAUGAUGCCCCAAUGAAGAGGCCAUGAGGGGAUGACAACUGGGUGAUUAUUGAGGGAAAGUGUUGUACUACCUCAUGCCACCCCUACUGCACCUACUAUGAAAUACUGUUCCCCGGUAAGCAGUCAUUGUAAAUAAGAAUUUGUUGUUAACUGACUUGCCUAGUUAAAGGUUACAUUUAAAAAAUACAAAUAAAUUCUCUAUCCCCGGUCUCAGCAUCUGUGUUUCCAUAAUACUCACUAGAAUAUAGAAUAAUAUGAUCCAACUCUAUUGGUUUGGGACAGUUUUACGGAGUGUCCUGGAAUGCUACUAUCAUUGAUUACAAUUAAUUAGAGUGAUGAUCGAAGGACAGCAUGUGCUUAUUGACUGCACAGAUGAUUCCACUUGUGUUUGUCCGAGGAUGUCUGCCCCCUCACCGUGUCUGCCUUGUCUUGCCUUCCAGCCGUCCCCCAUAUGUCCACAUCCUGAAGUGAGUUCUGUCCCUCCUGCAUUUCAUUUGUCAAAUAAAAUGCUAUUCUGGA